CGAUAACGGAGUAUCUUCUUCUUGAGUGUUUUCCAAAUUGUUUUUCUUUUUGUCAGAAAUAUUGAAUAAAAGUCAUGUCGCUGUUGCAAAAACUAAGCAAAUCAGCGCUUCAGGUGAGCUCAUUUGCUGGCCGCAGGCGGAUGCCAGUGGCCUUGCGCUUGCUGAGUGGAGAAACGGAGAAAGGGCCGGCGGUGGAGACGGUGGCUCCCGUGGAGACUGCGACGGAGAGCAGCGGCAGCAAGGGAGGAUUCGCUCGUGCUUUCGACAAGUAUACGGCUCCUGCCACGCCUGAGCAGCCGCCGGAGGACAACCAGACCUUCGCCUCUUUGCUGAGGAACUCCAAGUUCGUGGAUUUGGGCAGUGCUGAGGGCAAGGUGGUCAGUGGCAAGAUAUUCCAUGUGGUGGGCGAUGAUCUCUACAUAGACUUUGGGUGGAAGUUUCACUGCGUCUGCACUCGACCAGCUCGCAAUGCCAGCGACUAUGUCAAGGGAGCGCGCGUCCGCCUGCGCGUCAAGGAUCUGGAACUGUCCACCCGUUUCCUGGGCUCAUCCAAGGAUAUUACUAUUCUGGAGGCUGACUGCCAGCUGCUAGGCCUCCUGUCCUCGCCCACCCGCCAGUCGACAACCAGAACAGCGCCCAAGAUGGAAGACAUCCUUUAAAUCAUUUAUUUUGUGCAUUAAAUCAAGGUUCGUUAAUCGUUA